UUGAACAUUGUCAUUCUGGUCACACUCUAGCUUACACCGGUAUUUCAUAAAAAUUAACAUAAAAUUAAACUUUGAAGAUUUAUAUAUCAAAACCACCAUGUCUGAUCUCGAGAACCUAGCCGGCAAUGACAAGGAGCUGCAGGAGUUCCUCAUGAUCGAAAAACAGAAGCAGCAGGUUAACGCACAGAUCCAUCAAUUCAACGAGGUCUGCUGGGAAAAGUGCAUCGGGAAGCCGAGCAACAAGCUGGACAGCGCCACCGAGACGUGCCUAAGCAACUGCGUGGACCGCUUCAUCGACACCUCGCUGCUGAUAACCCAGCGUUUCAGCGAGAUUCUUCAGAAGCGAGGCGCGGAAUAAUUGGGAAUCCAGAAAGUCCCACUACUUUUCCACCGUUAAACCUUCAUUCAAACACAAUGAUUAUCAUGUAAGCAGCAUUUUGCCUUCGUUAUCCUGGAUCGUGAAGCAGGUUAAAAGACGCUGUGUGCCUCCAAGGAGCUUUAAAAAUUGUUGACCAAGGUUUCCAACGAACCGAACGCGUUACCCACCAAUAAAUUCAUAUUGGAUGUUGAUUGUUACCAA